CUCUUCCUCUCUAUAUCGUACAGACCGUUGCAAACGCCAUGGAUGGCGAUAUUCACAAGAGCAAGGAAGCGUCUCCAACUAAGAUGGCCGUGACGAAUACCAACCCAAAAACCGAGCAGUCUGCACCCGGUGCAGAGAAGACUGGGAAUAGCGAUUGAGAUAUGCAAGUAGCCGCGACUCAAGAUGUUGACGCCGGCCAGGACGAGAAGCCGGAGGUCAACCCGAACGCUCAGGGCGGCAUCAAGUCGGCGAAGGCGAUGACCAUGACUUGGGGCAAGACGGGUCUGAUCGUCUUUUACGGUUGCGACUUCGAGGCACAGUCGCUGAUUCCAGCUAUCUUUAUUGUCUCCAACUUCAUGGCCAGCACCACCUUACCCCUGGUCGCGAAACUACCCGAUGUCUGGGGUCCUCCCGUCGGGGCUCAUCCUUAUGGCAACCUGUCAGGGUAUCUGCACGUACUGCGGCGCGCAGGUCUUCUAUUCCAUCGGAUGGUGGGCCUGACCUAUAGCAUGGAUGUCAUGACGCCGACUACUCAUUGCAAGGACAGAGGCGUGGCUUUUGCUUAA